UGUUGCUGGUGCAGGGGCUACAACUACUUUUGGAUGGUGUAAUUAAUUAUUUGCCGUGUCCAAUUGAAGCUAGUAAUUAUACUCUUGACCAAUCUAAGCACGGGGAAAAGCAUACCCUUGUGGCAUUGUCUAUCACAAUGAAGAGGGAGUAUGGUCAAGUAACAUAUCUAAGAAUCUACGAGGGCGUCAUUCGGAAGGGGGAUUUUAUUACAAACGUUAACACUGACAAGACGUUUGAGGUUCCUCAUUUGUUUCGGAAGUGUAAUGAUGUGUUUAAGGUAAUUGAAGAGGCUAAUGCUGGGGAAAUAGUUGCUGUCUUUAAUGCACCAGGCUUUACUGAUGGGUUAGUAAGUUAUACAAUGACUUCCAUUGAUGUUUCUGAGUCGGUCUCAAGAGAUUCUGACGUGCAAGGUAAAGGCGAUGCGUAUUUACCAUUUGUCAAGGUUUAUGGAGGCAAAGGACGAUUGGUAUUGAUGAAAAGUAUCUCUGGAUUACUCAAACGUUAAAUUACACUGUCCUGUAAUAAUUGCCCAAAAAGAUUUUUACUUUUGGUUUCCUAUGUAACUUUAGUUAUCUCCCAUCUAAUUAAUAAGGAGGCCUAAUUUAUGGAGAUAAGGCUUGACUGUUGCUUUAGAGAGAGAAAUAAUAAAUAGUUAAGGAAUAUAAAGAAUACUCGAGGCAUCCUCUCA